CCCGACUAUGCCGACAAGACCAAGAUCAACAUCGCCGGUCUGCUGCGAAAAUGGAAAGAUACUGCGAGUUCGCUAAGCUAUCGGGAACCUGGCGAGAGGUGAUGCAGAAAGCAAACCGAGCGAUGGCGAUGGAUUUUCUCGAAUAUCUUUGUCAAACAUGCAGGAUCGGGUCGUGGGCUUCGUUCUGGGAGUACUUCCGUCAGUACAAGCAGCUGUAUGCCAGUGCCACGGGCCGCUGUAUGGACAGGUACGACAGUAAAAGAAGUCAAAAAGUGGCACGAUGCCAUUUUGGUCCCGAGGUACGGCCUGCAAGCACCAUGCACCCGUGGAAAGGACGUCGCAAACGCAGAGACCUUGCUGGUCCUGCAGGCGUUCAAUAUCAAGUACGACACCGGCAUCUUCUCUCGAGAGAGGCACCGUAUCCGGUUGUUGGGGUGCUACCUCGGCCUUGCCUUCACCGGGGCCAGGCCGGCCGAGUUUGUGGACGGCGAGAGAAAGAGCGGCAAGGAUGGGUGUCUUGAGGAGCUCUUCCCCCGGCACGCUAUUGGGAGUGUCCCUAGCGACGAAGACAAGGCGCCCGAUGAGCAUUCCAGGCUGCUGGAAGAGAUGAUGUCGCAAGAGUACGAGAGCCGUGGACGCCCAGGGGCGCUCUGUUACGAGGACAUUCAGCUGAUGGUCGUACGCCACCCGGAAACCGGCGAGGACGUCCUAGCUAUGGCCAUCCGGCUUGCGCGCCGCGGAGGGGCGGGCAGCAAGCCGAAGCCGACCAUCUUCUUCUUUACACCCACUAGGAGGUUGAUCUUCAGUCAAGUGUACUCCCUUUCGCUGGAAGGAGGAAUGGCUCAAGCGGCCGGUUUUCCGUCGACUUGACGACUCCAUUGCUGAGAAGGACUCCGAAAAGUCCAGUUCGGAAAACGAAUCAGACAGCUCAACUACCUCAAAGUAUCAACCUCUCCCAUACCAGAAGCUGUUAGACGACAUGACGGGGCA